CAGUCACUACCUCCCCACCGAGCCAGCUCAGCCAGGCAAGGAAGGAGGGAGUGGGACACGGGGACUGAAGGGAGGAGUCCUGUCUGGGCUGAGCUGGGGUUGCAGCUUGGUGGUGCCAGAGCCCAGGCCCCAGAGCCGUGCUGGAGAGGAGGUGGACCGAGGAGGCAGGCCCCGUGGGCGUGAGGCAGUGAGAUGGAGGAUUGCUACACGGAGCUGGAGAGGGCGGUCGUGAUCCUGGUGGAAAACUUCUACAAAUACGUGUCUAAGCACAGCCUGGUCAAGAACAAGAUCAGUAAGAGCAGCUUCCGAAAGAUGCUUCAGAAAGAGCUCAACCACAUGCUGACGGACACCGGGAACCGAAAGGCUGCUGACAAGCUCAUCCAGAAUCUGGACGCCAACCACGACGGCCGCAUCAGCUUCGACGAGUACUGGACCUUGAUAGGCGGCAUCACCAGUCCCAUCGCCAACCUCAUCCGCCAGCAGGAGCAGCAGAGCAGCAGCUAGAGGACCCGCCACCGUCCCUUCAGGGCACUGUCCCGAUGCCCAGCCCCUCUUGCUCUCCCCAGGCCCCACCCUCACUUCUCCUUCCAGACCUUCUCCUGACCCUUGCUGAACAGGGGGCGGGGGUGAUGUCAGGGCCCCUUGGUGAACAUCUCAGUCUGGGGGUGCCUCCCUAAGGGUCUCAGUCCCUGGAGCCAGCAGGCCCUGGGGGCCCCCUGUGAGAUCUCAGUGCUGUUUGGGGACCCCAAGAAUUUCCUCAGUCUACCCCCCCUUCCAAUAGCUGAUGUGCCUGCCCGAUUCUGAGUUUCUCCGACCUCCAGAGGUCAGCUCGCCGCCCUAUGUUUUCCUGCUCCUGGCGGCAGCAGCAGAGACCUCUCCCCUCCCACCCCAGCGCCCGUGCUCGGCAGAGACUUCCAGGAGCUGCCCUUCGGCUGCCUCUGGGUCUGGGAACAGCUAAGCAGGGUUGAGCCCCCUCCCUCCUGCUCAGUCACUGAAGCAUGGCAGUAAAGGCUGGAUUUACAAUUUGUGUCCCUCACCCAGCCCCUGUGUGACGCUCAUUAAAACCUUUCCACUCCCUGUGA